UGGCUUUGAUGACUUUACGAAUAUUGCGUAUGGCUAUGAUCGUUGUUAAGGAAUUCACACAACCUGUAAAAAGAUUGUUUGUAAACGUCGCCCACCGCAAUCAACUUUUUCGCCAAUAUAUUAUAAAACCUCCGUCCCGUGGAUAUCAGUGGUGUGAGAAAUAUCUCUAUAUGCUCAUAUCCAAAGAUAAACAUUUCGAACAACUAACCGAAGAAGAAAGCAUUAAUUUAGGUGCAGCUAUAUGGGCGGAAAUAGUGGUGUUUAUAGGAUGCUCAAAAGUUUUACUUGUGGAGAGUAAUAAGCAAAUAAAACAAAAAGAAAUGGCAGAUAAAGAUAUAAUAAAACGUGAGAAAAUUUUAAUGGAGUCGGUAGAGAUUUUACAGCACAUAUUAAGCCAGCAAACUAUUUGUAUUGAACAAAUAAUAGACGCCCUUGAAGAACUUGGAAAACCAAUCAAGCGUAUUCCGCUUACGCAAAAGGACAAAGUUUAACUUCAAGAACGAUUAAGCAUUUAUAAAAAGCCAAGUGGAAUUCCGAUUUAUUUACACGUUCAAUUAAGUUCUUCGAUAUUUUGACAGGAUUUUGUUUUUAAAAUUUGAAGCAUUCAUUACUUUAAAGCAGCAUGGUGGUAUUUACAUUACCAAUUUUAAAGUUGUGUUUGUUGGGAAUGCGACAACUAGCGCGUCCUGUUAGUAGUUUUAUAAGCAAGAAAGCAAAGCAAAGCCAAUUGUUUCGGAAAUACAUUUGCGCGCCUCCUGCUCAGUGUUUUCAUUGGUGUGAAGUCACACUAAAGAUGGUGCUAUUGAAUUUGGGUCGACCGAUAAAGGUGGCGCCACUUAAUGAAGCAAUUGCUACAGAAUUGGGUGCCGAUAUAUUGGGUGAAUUGGUUGUAUUUUCGAUCGCAGCUGGGAGUUUAAUUUUCGAAACGAAAAGGCAAGCUAAUAAAAGAAAUCUGGAAAGGGAAAGUGUAAAUGUCCAUAGUAUGAACCUAAUUGAAGCAACAAAAGUAUUAGAACACCGACAGAAAAUACAAAAUAUGUAUAUUCAAGAUAUAGCACAUGCUUUAACCGAAUUAAUGAUUCAACUGACCACCACACAAGUAAUAUAUCCGGAACGUAUACCAAUGGAAAAAGAAAAGUCAAAUUCGGCAGGUCGCAUUCCGCAUUAUGCCCCAUCGCGCUGUAAGUCGAAUGAGCUUCUUUACCCGGGCGAUCAUGCUGAUGACUGGAUUUGCGAUUGUGCACCAGCUGCAUUAUACUAUCCCGACUCGGAUGCCUGUCAUCCCGCCUUCCGACGUGGUCCUUGUGAAGCAGAACAAAUGCUUGUCUUAGCGCCCAAUACAGUUAUACCACAAUGCAUAACGAAUACAUGUAAACAGGAUGGUUUGGUAAAAAUUAACAACGUUUGCUAUCAGAUUGGUGGUUCGGCGCCAUGUCAAAAUGCACAUUUGUCAUAUGUGCUUGGUGUUAAUGCGACCACAUUGAUGUUGGAUUGCAUAAAGUUAUCGGUUUCUGUGAAGACGCGCGUAAGCCUGGCAGAUGAUGAUGAACCGCCAUAUGAUCUGAGCAAAGUUGAUUUGUGUGCACGUGGCUCGCAACGUUCCAUAGAGGGCACUUGCACGGCCAGCGUUCAAACAAAGUGAAGAGCUGAGAGAAUGUCACGAAUUUACCAUAGCGUAGUUUUUACUUGUAUGUUACUUUAAAUUUUAAAUAAACACUUAAAAGCAAAUAGUUUUUAGAAGUGUAUAA